GCUUGUUUAUAUUUAAAUAUUGCCGAUUAAAAAAUAAGAAAUGGCUAAAGCAAAAAAUAAAAAGAAUCAUAAAUUGGCUGACACUGUGCAUGCUAAGAGGAGAGAAAAGGAGAGCAACAAAAAAAAGUUAAAUCCAUUUGAAGUACACAUAAAUAGAGAAAAACUUAAAGUUUUGGGUAAGAAGUCCAAACAUGAUAAAGGUUUACCAGGUGUAUCACGUGCUAAGGCCAUUAAAAAGAGAAAGGAGACCCUUGGUACUGAAAUGAGAUUGAUGAAUAAGACAAAUACCUUCAUUGAUCGUCGUAUUGGAGAAAAGAAUAAUGAAUUGUCUACUGAAGAUCGUAUGGUUGCCAGGUUUGCUGCUGAAAGGGCAAGGCAGCACAGUAAGAAGAGCAUUUAUAAUUUAGCUGAUGAUGAAAUUUUAACUCAUAGAGGGCAAACACUGGAGCAGAUUGAGAAAUUUGAUGAUCCUAGAUCAUCUGAUGAUGAAAAUGAAGAGAGAGGAAAAUUUGGAGGCCUAGAUGAUGACUUUGUAUCAGAAGGUCAUUUCGGCGGUGGAAUCCUUUCUAAGACAGAUUCAAAAGAUGGUGCUAAAUCUCAUAAAGAUCUCAUCGAACAACUUAUAGCAGAAUCUAAGAAAAGAAAAGCCGAGAAACAAAAGGAGAAAGAACAGACUUUAGACUUGACAGAGAAGUUAGAUAGUGAAUGGAAGGAUUUACAGCCUGUUGUUUUUAAGAAGGCUAGAGUUGAAAAUGAAUCUGUAAUAGAUAAACUCUUGAGUCAAGUGGAGAAAAAGAAUCAGGAUUAUGAUAAAAUGAUGAGGGAAUUGAAGUUUGAAAAAAGGGGCACACCUUCAGAUGGAUUGAAAACUGAUGAGAAACAGGCUAAAGAAGAAGGGGAGAAAAUGGCACAGUGGGAAAGAGAGAGACAAGAAAGGAUGUUGGGAGAUGAUGAGUUAUCUGCACCCAAGGUUCAGAAACCUGCAGGAAAACACAGGUCAGCAGAUGAUCUGGAUGAUAAUUUUGAAUUAGAAGAUAAGAAGGAAUUCAUGUUAGCCUACGACAAAGACGGAAAACCUUUAGUACCUGAAAACAUUCUCAAAGAUUAUUCAGUACCAAAUGCAAAACCUAAAUUUGAUGAUGGAAUAUCUGAUACAUCGUCUGAAGACGACGACGAUGACAACGACGAUGAAGAGGAUGAUGUAAGCUCUGAGGAUGAAGAUGAUAGUGUUGUUCAAAAUUUAACUACUGAAGAAAAUGAUGAUAAACUUAUUAAAAGGGAAUCAAAACUAGAAAAAAAUAUUGUUAAUAACAAUCUAAAAAAGUUACGCAAUCUAAAAAAUAAUGGCAAUGAUUCAGACAAUAAUUUAAAUGAGAAGGAAGAAGAAUCCAAUGAAGAAGAAAAUAGUGUAAUUAAUGACCAAGUACUAGAAAACAAGAUGACAAAGACUGUGAAAAGUAACAAGUUAUUGAUCCAAAAAGAAAGUAACUCUGAAGAUACAUCUGAAAAUGAGAUAUCUGAUGUUGAACAAGAGAUUUCCAAUGAUGCCAAUAGCAAAAAUAAAUGGAAAAAUAGCUCGAAAGAAAUUUCAGAUACAGAGGAAGAAGAUUCUGAUGAAGACAGUGAACAAUCGGACAAAGAAAUAUUUGAUGAUUUAAAAGAUCUACGAGAGUCAGAUGGGGAAAGUGAUGAUGAAGAUACAAAGGAAGAAGUUGAUAGAAAAAUAAGAUCAUUCUUUGAACUUAAAUUAGCUGAAGGGGAUAAUCUGAAGGAAUUGCUCUCAGGAAAAACUCCAGUGCAACAGGCGACUGCACUACAAAAACUUAUAAAGAGUUAUGACCCAAGUUUAGCUGAGAAUAAUAAGGAAUUUCUUAGCAGAUUGUAUGCUCACAUGCUACAAUAUAUUAAUGAUUUGUUUAUUGGGCUAAAUAACGAAGGAGAGGUUAUCAAGUCGUUUCUAAUAUUUGAUAAGCUAGCACCAUUCUUUUACGAUUUAUCAAAAACUAAUAAAGUUUCCACUAAGAAAUUUUUAGUUCAGCUGAUCAAAGAGAAGUAUAUUAUGUUCAAAAAGAAACGUAAAUUAAUGCCCGAUUUAGAUACUUUAAUAUUUUUUAAGUUAGUAUCAUUAUUAUAUCCAACUUCGGAUUAUAGACAUCCUGUAACUACUCCAUCAUUGAUUUUUAUGUCUGAAAUAUUAACUACUUGUACAUUUAAUAAUGCAUAUUCGUUGUCUAGAGGACUUUUUAUUGCGUCCCUAAUUUUAGAAUAUACAGUUCUAUCAAAGAGAUUAGUACCAUCUGUUGUGAAUUUUCUUCGUGGAAUUUUGUAUUUGUGUGCAAAUACCUCUAUUUUAAAUCCUGUGCAAGUUGUCCCGCCAUUUCGUUUGCACACUGACGCAAAAAUUUUGAAUUUGGAAGAUGAUUGUUCUACAAUAAAUGUUGAACAAAAAAUGGCAGCUAAGGACUUGGUGACAGAUAGCAUCGAUAAUAAUUUCAAAAUAAAGUGUUUGCUGCUUAGUUCUACAAUGUUAAAAGAGUUAUUUGAUAAUUUCAAUGAUUUAGAAGCACAGGAAUGUAUUUUUGAACCUCACAUACGGUUAAUGGGUCGUAUCGAUUUGGAGUUGUAUCCUAAGAAAGUAGCCAGUAUUGUGGGCAAAAUAAUACAGUACAUGAAAGAAAGUUUGGAGGUGAAAACAUAUACACCAAUGACCUCAGAGAAAGCUAAACCUAAAUUAUUGAGGUUAUAUGAACCAGAUAUACAGGAAGUGUUUACUGGCAGCAAGAGCUCCAAACUGACCCGGGAAGAGUCCGAGAGAAGACGGUUACAGACUAAGUAUAAAAAAGAGAUGAAAGGCGCUCUCAGGGAGAUUCGACGAGACAAGGCGUACAUAGCUUCAGUAAAGAUCAAACAGAAGAUUCGCAGCGAUAACAUAAGAAAGGAAAAGGUGAAACAGAUAUAUAAGGAUGCGUCAAUACAACAGGGCGAAUUAAACAAAUUGAAGAGAACAAAGUGAUACUAUUAAAAUGUAUGUACUUAUUUCCCUUGUAAAUA